AUGGAUUGGGAAAAGAAGUGCGAGUUCAAUUUCAACUUGCACAACAUCAUUGGAGACAACCGUGUCAAGCUAGCCGUCUCGGAGUUCAACGAUUAUGCGUUGAGAUGCGAUUUGUCCCUGGCCAUUACCAACGUGAGCUACACUCCAAGCUCAGGAAGCUUACUCAGGGUCCAAGUCUGUGGAAGAAUAUUAUCAAGAGAUGGAGGUAAUGCUCUUGCGCGCCAAUGUGUUGAAGAUCGCGAGGCCACUAUGUCUCGAUUCCUUGGAGGCUUGAACCGUGAGAUACAAGACAUUGUGGAGAUGCAAAAUUGUGUGGGCUUGAGUCCAUGCUCCACAAGCUGUCUUGGCCGAGACACAAUUAAAGAGGAGAAGCUCCACUCGAUUCAAUACAGAGCCGCGCCGACCAACCUUUCACCGCGACUCUAA